AUGAAGAAGUCCCGGUGGCCAUUUUCUGAUGAGUGCAUCCCGUGGGAUGUGUGGACGGUCGAGGUCCACGUGGUGGCCUUGGCCACAGAGCAGGAGUGGCACAUCUGCCAAGAGAAGGUGGGGAAGAAGCUCUGUGAGAAGGUUGUCAACAUCGUGGAGGUGAUGAACCGGCAUGAGUACCUGCCCAAGAUGCCCACACAGUCAGAGGUGGACAACAUUUUUGACACGGGGCUUCGGGAUGUGCAGCCCUACCUUUACAAGAUCUCCUUCCACAUCACAGAUGCCUUGGGCACCUUGGUCACCACCACUGUGCGCAGGCUUAUCAAGGACAUGUUGGCCCUCUAG